AUGGGAAGAGAGAAACAAGACGAAGCCGGAGGUGUGGAGAAGGCUACUAUUCCACUGUUAAAGGAUCAAAAUGCUGCAGAGGAGAAAGAGGGAGAAAUAAAGAGAGAGAUAUGGAUGGAGACGAAGAAGCUAUGGCGUAUCGUUGGACCAGCCAUAUUCACCAGAGUCUCGACCUAUGCGAUCUUCGUCAUCACUCAAGCCUUUGCUGGCCACCUUGGCGAGCUCGAACUAGCCGCCAUCUCCAUCGUCAACAACGUCAUCGUCGGCUUCAACUACGGCCUCUUCAUCGGAAUGGCGACUGCGUUGGAAACGUUGUGCGGUCAAGCGUUUGGAGCGAAGAAGUAUGACAUGUUGGGAGUGUAUUUGCAGCGAUCUUGGAUAGUUCUCUUCUUAUGCUCCAUCUUACUCCUCCCUAUGUACUUUUUUGCCACCCCGAUUCUUAAGUUCUUCGGCCAGCCUGACGACAUUGCCGAGCUCUCCGGCACCAUCGCUCUUUGGGCCAUUCCUACCCAUUUCUCCUUUGCUUUCUUUUUCCCUAUCAACCGAUUCCUACAAUGCCAGCUCAAGAAUAUGGUGAUUGCAAUCUCGUCUGGAGUGGCACUUGUAGUUCACAUAUUUGUGUGCUGGCUCUUUGUGUACCGUCUUAAUCUUGGAGUCGUAGGAGCCAUCGCUACAGCUAACGUGUCAUGGUGGCUCAACGGCUUCAUCUUAUUUACUUACAUCACUUGUGGUGGCUGUCCUCUCACCUGGACCGGUUUCUCCAUGGAAGCUUUCACUAAACUGUGGGAAUUCACUAAGCUCUCUGCGUCAUCCGGAAUCAUGCUUUGCUUGGAGAAUUGGUAUUAUAGGAUCUUAAUUGUGAUGACUGGAAAUCUGGAGAACGCGAAAACUGUUGUCGACUCUAUGUCUAUUUGCAUGUCGAUAAAUGGUUUGGAGAUGAUGGUUCCACUUGCUUUCUUCGCCGGGACCGGCGUACGAGUGGCGAAUGAAUUAGGAGCAGGCAAGGGAAAAAGAGCAAAAUUCGCGAUGGUAAUAUCAGUGACACAAUCGUUGAUCGUUGGAAUAAUCAUAUCAGUGCUCAUAUUAUUUCUUCAUAACCAAAUCGGUUGGAUCUUCUCUUCGAGUGAAAAUGUCAUCAAAUCAGUCAAUAACCUCUCUCUACUUUUAGCCUUUUCGAUUCUUCUCAACAGUGUGCAUCCGGUUCUUUCUGGUGCUGCGGUUGGUUCGGGGUGGCAAUCACUAGUAGCAUUUAUAAAUUUGGCAUGUUAUUAUUUUAUUGGACUUCCACUCGGAUUUAUCAUGGGCUGGAUUUUCAACUCAGGUGUUAAGGGAAUUUGGGCUGGUAUGAUAUUUGGAGGAACUGCGAUGCAGACAUUGCUAUUGAUUUUCUUUACUAUGAGAUGUAAUUGGGAGAAAGAGGCACAAAAAGCAAGUAUGAGCGUUAAAAAAUGGUCGGUCUCAGACGCAAGACCAGUGUAA